UCUCCCAGGAAACCAAAAGAGGAAGUAACGUACCGCGUGUGACGGUCCCAAAUAGGAAAGUGAAGCACAGCAGACACCGGGAGUGGGUUCAACAGGGGCCGAGGAGGGAGUGGGACCAGGCGUUGACUCCAGACCAGGAUGGGGGACAUAGUCGAGGACGAGGUGAGUUUCUACUCCAACGCUCAGGACUACUGGAAGGAUAUCCCACCCACGGUGGACGGCAUGCUGGGAGGCUAUGGCAGCAUCUCCAGCAUCGACAUUAACGGGUCCAAGGCCUUCCUGCAGAAAUUCCUUGGCGAUGGCGAGGGGAAGACUGGCUCAGGCUGCGCUCUGGACUGCGGCGCAGGCAUCGGUAGGAUCACAAAGCGCCUGCUGCUGCCGCUGUUCAAGACUGUUGACCUGGUGGACGUGACACAGGAGUUCCUGGACAAAGCCAAGACGUACCUGGGAGACGACAGCAAGAGGGUGGGCAACUAUUUCUGCUGCGGCCUGCAGGACUUUGUGCCGGAGAGCGGGCGCUAUGAUGUCAUCUGGAUCCAGUGGGUCAUUGGUCACCUGACAGACGACCACCUAAUAGACUUCCUGCGCCGCUGUCAGAAGGCGCUGCGGCCCAACGGUCUCAUUGUCAUCAAGGACAACGUGUCAUAUGAGGGCGUGAUCCCUGAUGAGGAGGACAGCAGCGUGUGCCGCGAUCUGAACAUAGUGUGCAGCCUGGUUAGCAAAGCCGGCCUCCGCAUCGUCCAUCAGGAGCAACAAAAGAACUUCCCGAAGGAGCUCUACCAGGUCCACACGCUGGCCAUCAGAUAGAGGACGAGCGGCGAAGGGGGUGGGGGCGGGGCUUUUUAAUAGUCUGUUUUCUAUCAUGGGUCGCUCUCUAACUGUGGGCUUUGUUUAUUCUGGGGUCACUGCAGCGUGGGGUAAUGAUCAAAAUGUUUCUGCAUCAUCCACAAACGCCACUUCCUGUGCUGGACUUUCUCAGGACGUCCGCCAGAUGCAGCUGUGUCGCUGUCUCCUGAACAGUUAUCUAACGGACGGUUUCUCUGUGAGGAUUUGCUGCUUUUAUAUCGCCUAGUAUUUUUAAAAAGCUCACUUUAAGGAAAAUGUGACAGAGAUUUUUGUUACUUCUGGACAUUUUAUAGGAAAAAUACACCAAACUGCAGAUUAACGAUCAAUAAAAAUGAUGUAUUUAUUGCAGCAGUUUUGAUCUGUGAGGCUGGACGUUCUCCUUAAGGUGUUUUUAUACGUGUGAACGGUUAGCUAACUGAGUGGUUGUAUCCGGGUUACCAGGUUUGUACUACAAUUCCUGAAAGCCUGCCUAAUGAUGCAUGGGAGAAAAGAGCACCACAUGCAUCUGGUGGACGGUGACACCACAUUGGAUGCUGGGAGUUGUAGUGUAGUGGGAUUGUAUGAAGGGGCGGAGUCAGUGCUGAGAGUCAUUUACCUCAGGGAAGCUGGAAGAUAAAAAUAAGGAAAUGGA